AUGGCGGAACCAUCCAUCACGAACUUCCUCCUCCGCUCCCUCCUGCCCGUCGACGCCGCCGAUUUUAUCCACAAAAACGCGUUGCACCCGUCCUCCCCGCUUCAGAAGCUCCGCGCCCAGGCCCUAUCAGCAGCAUCGCGCGCCAUCGACGAGCUUUACCCCUACCUCGCGCCGGCCGUCGACGCGACCCUCGAGUUCUUGCACUCGUCGCCCGAAUUGGUGAGCUUCGCGGUUCUGCUGGCGCUUCUGGCCGCCACGGUUGUGGUGCUUAACUGGAUUCGGCGCGUCGUGGCAUUUUGGAUGGCGCUGGUCCUGAGGCUCGCGUUCUGGGGCUGCGUCGUCGUGGUUGUCGCGGUCGUGUGGCAGAGGGGCGUCUGGGAGACGGCGAGGGACGCCGUCGUGGUCGGGGGCAAAGUCGUCGGGUUCGCCGCGGCAGUCAAGGACGUCUGGAUCAGCGAGUAUAAGAGGUAUGAGGAGGAGACCAAGGUGCAGGGAAGCAAAUAUCGGUGA